GUCUUUCCUAGGUGCCACAGCUGGUAAAUGGUGGAUAAUGGUAAAUAUGGAUUCUGGCCUUCCAGCUCCUGAGCCUGGACUCUGAGCCCCUCUGAGUCUGUCUCAUCCUUCUCUCCAGCUGCUCUGGCCAUGGACCAGCCAGCUGGCCUGCAGGUGGACUACGUCUUCCGGGGUGUGGAGCAUGCCGUGCGGGUGGUGGUGUCUGGACAGGUGCUAGAGCUGGAGGUAGAGGACCGGAUGACAGCCGACCAGUGGCGGGGCGAGUUUGAUGCCAGCUUCAUCGAAGAUUUGACUCACAAGACAGGGAACUUCAAACAGUUCAACAUCUUCUGUAACAUGCUGGAGUCGGCCCUCACUCAGAGCAGUGAGUCGGUCACCCUAGACCUGCUCACCUACACGGACCUGGAGUCCCUGCGGAACCGCAAGCUGGGGGGCCGCCCAGGCCCCUUGGCCUCGAGAUCGGCCCAGCUCAACUCCAAGCGUUACCUGAUCCUCAUCUACUCCGUGGAGUUUGACAGGAUUCACUACCCGCUGCCCCUCCCGUACCAGGGCAAGCCGGACCCUGUGGUCCUGCAGCGCAUCAUCCGCUCGCUGAAGGAGGAGCUGGGCCGCCUCCGAGGGCUGGAUGGCCAGGAUGCUCGGGACACCCGGGAGACGGAGAUCUGGCACCUGCGGGAGCAGGUGUCGCGCUUGGCAUCGGAGAAGCGCGAGCUGGAGGCCCAGCUGGGCCGAUCUCGUGAGGAGGCGCUGGCCGGGCGGGCGGCGCGCCAGGAGGCCGAGACGCUGCGCGCGCUCGUGCGCGGCCUGGAGCUGGAGCUGCGGCAGGAGCGCGGCCUCGGGCACCGCGGGGCCGGCCGCCGCAGCCAGGAUUGCCGCCGCCUGGCCAAGGAGCUGGAGGAGGCGAAGGCGUCGGAGCGGAGCCUGCGCGCCCGGCUGAAGACGCUGAAUGGCGAGCUGGCCGUGUACAAGAGGGGGAGACGGACUCCGCCGGUGGUGCCGCCCGCGGCCCGGGAGGAUCGGGCCUCGCCGUCCCGGGAGCGCUCCAGGUCGCGUGGCCGCGGCGCCGCCCGCUCCUCCUCCCGGGACAGUCAGGCGGGUCACCGGCCCUGGCUGGGACCCCCAGGGGCGCAGCAUCGCCCUUCCCCACAUUAGCUGGGCGCACAGGCGGGCGUCUCCCCCCCGCUCCCCAGGCAGCAGCAGCAGCGGAACCGACUGGGCAGCGGAGGAAGCGGGGACGGUCCGUCCAUCUCCUGGUCUCGCCAGACCCGGCCUCCCGCUGCCGUGACCGGCCGAGGGGACGCGGCCAACCGCUCCCGGAACCGCAGCUCCUCGGUGGACAGUUUCCGCAGCCGCUGCUCGUCCGCCAGCUCCUGCAGCGAGUUGGAAGAUCUCCCGGAAUCCCUCCCGAGAGGGGGCGCUGGCCGCCGCGGGAAGCCUCCCAGACCCCCCACCUGGAGCGGGUCCAACAGGAAGUCCAGCCCCGUGGAACGCGGCCGCCAUCAGAGACGCCUGGCCAGUUCGGGGGGCUGGGUCCCCAUCAAAGAGUACAGCUCCCACCACCAGGCGGCCGACAGGGCGGAACUAGACGCCGGCCUGAAGGCCCUGCAGGAGUACAUGAUCCGCCUGGACACGCGGUCGUGACCCCAGAG